UUUCUCAGUCAACACAUCAUAGUAGUAUAGUUCUCCAACAAAACGUUCUUUCUUGUUUCCUUCCUUUCAUUUUUUCCCCUUAAUAUUUGUCACACUCUCUCUCCCCAUCUCCGCUACAUCCCCCAUGAUUCAAGGAGUCCAAAGUUUUGAUUUUUUGCAAUUUGGUUGGAUUUUCUCGAGUUUCUUUUGACACCCAUUUGGAGUUUUUCUGCCCCAUCCACCACCAAGUUGUGUUCUUGACAUUUUCUAUUUGAGGUUUCUAUGGACGGGAACUGGGAUGUGAGCUACGAGAAGGGUGCUCAAUCGGAUGACAGCCACCAUUUCGACAGAUUAUAUCUGGAACCGAUCUAUGAUGCUUUUAUAUGCCCCUUGACAAAGCAGGUGAUGCGGGAUCCCGUGACCUUGGAAAACGGGCAGACAUUCGAGAGAGAGGCCAUCGAGAAAUGGUUCAAGGAGUGCAGGGAGAACAGCAGGAAGAUGGUGUGCCCGUUAACGCUGAGGGAGUUGAGAAGCACUGAACUGAAUCCGAGCAUAGCAUUGAGGAACACGAUUGAGGAAUGGAAUGCAAGGAGCGAGGCAGCUCAGGUCGACAUGGCUCGUAGAUCCUUAUCCCUGUCGACCCCAGAGAGUGAUACCAUACAGGCUCUGAAGUUCAUCCAGGGCCUCUGCCUGAAAAGCCACUCGAACAAGCACAUGAUCCGCCACGAAGAGCUGAUACCCAUGAUUGUUGACAUGCUGAAGAGCAGCAGUCGGAGGGUCCGGAGCAAAGCUCUGGAAACGAUUCAGAUUGUGGUGGAGGACAACGAUGAUAAUAAGGAUAUAACGGCAGAAGGUGACACGGUGAGAACAGUGGUGAAGUUCCUAUCGCACGAGCAGUCGAAAGAAAGAGAAGAAGCUGUUGCUUUGCUGUAUGAGCUCUCUAAAUCAGAAAGACUCUGUGAGAAGAUUGGCUCUGUUAAUGGAGCUAUUCUCAUUUUGGUAGGGAUGGCUAGCAGCAACUCGGAGGACGUCUUGACAGUCGAAAAGGCUGAACAGACGCUAGAAAACCUCGCUCGUUGCGAGAACAAUGUGCGACAGAUGGCCGAAUGCGGCAGAUUGCAGCCCCUUCUGCACCUGCUACUCGAAGGAUCUGCGGAAACCAAACUGUCGAUGGCAGCAUUGCUUGGUGAGCUGGUGCUGGACAACGAGGUGAAGGUGUUUGUGGCGAGGACAGCCGGUUUCUCGCUGAUCAAUCUGAUGAAGAGUAACGAUGUGAAGUCGAGGGAGCCUGCGUUGAAGGCUUUGAACCAGAUCUCGUCGGAUGACACGAGUGCGAAGGUUCUGAUCGAGGCAGAUAUCCUUCCGCCUCUCGUUCAGGAUCUCUUCACUGUCGGGGUCAAGCAGCUGCCGAUGCGGCUGAAGGAGAUUUCGGCUACGAUUCUUGCAAAUGUGGUGAACUCGGGCUACGAUUUUGACUCGAUCGAAGUUGGACCGGACCACCAGAGUCUCGUUUCGGAGGAGGUCAUUCAUAACCUCCUGCAUCUCAUCAGCAACACCGGCCCUGCGAUCGGGUGCAAGCUCCUUGAAGUGCUCGUUGGGCUAUCGGCUUCGCCCUCCACCGUGUAUAGUGUUGUCUCGGCCAUCAAAAGCUCCGGUGCUAUCAUGAGCUUGGUGCAGUUUGUCGAGACGCCUCAGCUAGAUCUGAGGCUCGCACCGAUCAAGCUUCUUCGGAACCUCUCGCCGCACAUGGGGCAGGAGCUGGCCGGCUGCUUGCACGGCACAUCUGGGACGCUCGGAAGCCUGAUCAGAGUGACGUCGGAGAACGUAGGGAUAACCGAGGAGCAGGCAGCAGCGGUCGGACUACUAGCGGAUCUCCCGGAGAGAGAUGCUGGCCUGACGAGACGGAUGCUGGCCGAGGGCGCGUUCGAGCUCUUCAUCUCGAGAGUAACAAGAAUCCGGCAAGGGGAGACCCGAGGGAGCCGGUUCAUGACUCCAUAUCUCGAAGGGCUCGUCAAGGUUCUAUCAAGGAUCACAUUCGCCCUAUCGGAUGAGUCCGGCGCCGCCCGCGCGCUCUGCCGGGAGCACAACCUCGCGGCCCUCUUCAUCGACCUCCUCCAAAUGAACGGCCUCGACAACGUGCAGAUGGUAUCGGCUAUGGCGUUGGAAAACCUAUCGCAAGACACAAAGAACUUGACGAGGCUGCCAGAGUUUGCCCCUCCCGGCUUCUGUGCCACGGUCUUCUUCUGCAUAAGCAAGCCUCCGAUCAUCACCGGGCUCUGCCAGGUCCACCGCGGCACGUGCUCGUUGAGAGAGACGUUCUGCAUCCUGGAAGGGCAGGCCGUGGACAAGCUCGUCGCGCUCCUCGACCACACCAACGAGAACGUGGUCGAGGCAUCGCUCGCGGCUCUUUGCACCCUGUUGGAUGACGAGGUGGACAUAGACAAUGGCGUGCGGGCAUUGCUCGACGUGGAAGGAGUGAAGCCUAUACUCGACGUGCUGCUCGAGAAACGGACGGACAGCCUGAGAAGGAGGGCCGUCUGGGCCGUGGAGAGACUGCUGAGAAACAACGAGAUCGCCAGCGAAGUAUCGGACAGUCCCAACGUCUGCACGGCGCUCGUGGACGCGUUCCAACACGGAGACUACCUGACCCGACAGAUCGCCGAGCGCGCAUUGAGGCGUGUAGACAAGAUCCCCAACUUCUCAGGAAUCUUUGCAAACAAGUAGAUACUGUAACUUUUCUUUUUCUUUUUCUUUUGUAUCAUUGUUUAAACAUUUUUUCCCUUCUCUUUUUCCUUCCCAUUUUUGGAAAUAAUUCAUUGUUGUAUUAUGGUUACAAAUCUUGAAUCAAUGAUUAUGCACUAAUUUUUUGGAUUUA